AUGAGUUCAAAUGAAAAAACAAAUAAAUAGUUUCUUCCUAAGCCAUAUACUUAAAAAAGAUAUUAUACCAUAGAAGAUUUGAAAGUGCAUAAUUAGGCUAAUGAUUGUUGGCUUACAUUCUUCAAUCAAGUUUAUGACAUUACUCCUCUAAUCUAAUAAAAUAUUAAUUCGCCAUUGACAAGGCCACUUAUAGAGGCGGCAGGUACUGAUAUUACAUAUUGGUUUGAUCCUAAAAAUAAAGAACCUAGGAGAAUGAUUGAUGUAAAUACAGGAUUAGAGAAAUUUUACUGUCCUAAAGGAGAAUAUUUACAUAUCCCUCCUUUAGGUCCUGAAACUAAUUUUGAUCUCUAAGAAGUGCAAACUCCUUGGUGGAGAAAUUCACUCUAUUUCAUUGGACGCCUUACUGUAAGAAGUGUUAAAAUAAAAAUCAUAAAUAUGUUGACAGAACAUUCAGAUAUAAUUGAAGUGCCUUGUGAAGAAACAAUAAACGAAAUAUUAGAAAGAUACAAAGAAAUAAAUAAGCAUGCAGCAAGUUAUACAUGGAAAAGAUUAGGAAGGCCUCUUGAUAUGGAGUUAAACUUAGAGGAAAAUAAUAUUAUAGAUUAAACUGAAGAGUUUGAAAGGUUGGGAGUUCCUGAGAAAGAUUGGUAUUGGCCUGUAAUUCAUUUAUAUUUCGAUGAUGAUUUAACUGUUGCUUGA